GAGGCCGGCGUGGGGCGGAGGCGGGGACGGGUUUCUCUGGCUUGCUAACUCGGCAGCUCUGGACGACUUGUGAACGGACUGAUGCAGCCCCUCUGAUAAAACCAUGACCAGGUGGGCACGAGUCACUACCACACAUAGCAAAAGACCCUUACCUGCAACAUCAUGGGAGGACAUGAAGAAGGGGUCCUGUGAGGGAACAAGCCAGUGUAAACAGCCUGAAGCCAGUCGACUCUCCCUUAAAAAUGCGGCACCCCAAGCAAAACAUAAAAAGAACAAAAAGAAAAAAGAGUACUUAAAUGAAGAUGUGAAUGGUUUCAUGGAAUACCUGAGACAGAACUCACAGAUGGCUCACCAUAGGGAGAUUAUAGCAACAGACAGUCAGGAAGUAAGGGAAGAAAUUGCAGUGAUUUUAAAGAAAGACAGUCGACGGGAAGGAAGACGACUGAAAAGACAAGCAGCAAAGAAAAAUGCAAUGGUGUGUUUCCAUUGUAGAAAACCUGGUCACGGAGUUGCAGAUUGCCCAGCUGCCCUUGAAAAUCAAGAUAUGGGCACUGGGAUUUGUUAUCGGUGUGGAUCCACAGAGCACGAGAUAACCAAGUGUAAGGCCAAAGUAGACCCAGCUUUUGGUGAAUUUCCUUUUGCAAAAUGUUUUGUUUGUGGGGAAAUGGGGCACCUGUCAAGAUCUUGUCCUGAAAAUCCCAAAGGACUCUAUGCUGAUGGUGGUGGUUGCAGACUCUGUGGCUCUGUGGAACACUUUAAGAAAGAUUGCCCUGAAAGUCAGAGUUCAGAUCGAACAGUCACAGUCGGUCGCUGGGCAAAGGGAAUGAGUGCAGACUAUGAAGAAAUAGAUACACCUAAACCGCAGAAACCCAGAACAAAGAUACCUAAAAUUGUUAAUUUUUUAUAAUGAUCAGUACUAUCAUUCAUUACUCAUUGUCACUUUCUAAAUUGGGCCAACUUGACAUGUUUUAGAGCUGGACACCUAUGGGGACUUCCUGUAUUGCAGAUGUAGCAUGACCUGGCUGUGGUUAGAGCAGUUAUCUGCAUUCUGUCCAUUGAAGACUACGCUACCACUGCUUGGAAAAAAGCAGUGAAGAAAAGAAUAAGAUGAUUGAGUUGGAUUCUCUAAAAGAAUAUAUUUCUAACAGACAGAAUGUAGACAUAACUAAAUGGUUCUAUACCUGAUUGUAACAGUCAUCUUUUUAAAAAGCAAAAUUAAGCAUAAAUGUGAAUUACCCCUAAACAAAGAGUGCAAAUGGAUUUUUGGUUAUAUUAUCUUCUUGGUUCAAAAUAUCAAUUUAUUAUAAUAGAAAUGUAUUUAUAAGUUGCCACAAAGUACAUUUUUAAAAUAUUGAAUAAAAAUGUGUUUGCUAUGCUA